AUGGCACGUACUUGGAACACCGAAUCUGUCACCAAGACCACUGUUAUCAGGGUCAGUAGAGGCGUUUAUGUCACUCUUGCUUGGUAUGCAAGUAUUGUUCUUGGAAUCACUGCGUGGUACCUCGCGCACUACGACGAGACUCGGUUCUAUCCGCAGGCCCGUCUGAUCUACACCAUCAUAAUUGCCGGUAUUGCAUGUGCUACUGCACCACUCAUUGCUUGCUUCGGAUUAAACUUGAAAUGGAUGCCCCUCUUCAAUAUCUGCUUGGCCCUUGCAUUCUUCGCUGCUUUUGGUAGCGUUAUGGAAUGGGAUUGUGACGAGCAUUGGGCCGACUGGCGGGCUCAUAUCGGCGAACCUCACACGGCGUACUGGAAGACUUUGGAGGCCUUCACCUUCAUCAGUGGUUUCUUCUGGCUUGUCUCUUCUGUCCUAGCAUACUGGGCACCAUAUGUCAAGGAGACCGAGCCCGAACGACAGAAACGUCUGAGCACAGGAACAGGAAGCGGAAGUGAAACGGUCUAG